AUGGAACCCACACCCACAGCCAUCAACGACACCACCUCUAAUGACACACCUGUCGUCUUCCGCGCCAAAAGAAAGAAGGCCACCAUCCGCAAUCGGCCCGACGAUAUACCCUCCGCUGCAGAUACCCCGAGCCCAUCCGUGAUAGAAGGCACGCCAGCAAUCGCCUCGCGCAUUGGAGAAGAAGAAGAUGACGGACCUUCCGUCGCAGAGGUCCUUCGCCAGCGCAGGAAACAGCAGAGGUUAGGAGGCAUCGGGUUCGGGCCAGAGAAACCUCUAAGCGAUCUAGGUGAUGAAGAGGUGCAGGAACAGGCCGUUGUGCGGGCCGAGGGGGCCCUUGAUGCGGAUGCGAUUUUGGGCGGGAUACCGAAGCGCUUCGCGGUGCAGACUGGCCUGGUCGGCGAGUUGGUGAAUAAACACAUGAUGGAAUACGUAGAAUCGAAGCUCACUAGCCGCCACGCAACCCUGACCGGGACCUUACCACCGCAACAACAGCCCCAACAGCAAGGCGUAUUAUCAACUGGAGCAGACGCAUCCACGACACCGACCGGCGGCUUCGAUGCCCAAAAACGAACCAUUCACGGGAAGCUCAUGGAGGUCGACCUCGGCGAAGAAGUGCGGAACCAGAACGUCGCUCUCACGGAGAAGGCGAAGAGGAAACUUGAAGGACGGCCAUUCGAUGGCGAAGAGCAGGAGGGCGGCGGUUCCCCGAGGAAGACGCGGCUGGGCAGGGAUGGGCAGCCUAUCAGGGGCAGGAAUCGGAGGAAUAGUGAUGAUAUCAAGAGAGAUCAGCUCGUGGAGCAGAUUCUACACGAAAACAGACUCGACGUCUACCAUGUCCCCGAAGAACAGACUGUGGAGGACGCAGACCACGAAUAUGAGGGCUCCGCCGACGACCGCAUCGCCGAAGAGUUUAAGCGGGAAUUCCUCGACGCCGUCGCGCAACGCCGGCAAAGACGGCGAGCUGCCCGCGCGGCUCGACCGACCGACAAGAAACCCAAUCCCGACGUCCUUCGAGGACCGAAGCUGGGCGGAAGCAGAAAUGUGCGAUCGGCGGUGCGGGAUAUCCUGCUUCAACAGGAAAAGGAUAAAGCGAAGGCUGGGAGGAGAUAG